AUGGUCCCCGCCGCCGGCGCGCUGCUCGGGGCCCUGCUGCUCAGCCUGGGGACCGUGGCGGUGGCGGGGGCCCAAGGCCUGGCUUCAACGGGGAAGCAGCCGACCAGGUUCCGCUCCAGGGGCCCGAUGACCCGCCACUACCGGCCCACCUCCCGGACCGGUGUUCCCCCGAAGAGAAGGGUAAUAAUGGAGGAUGAGGAUGACAUGGCGGCCACUGCCGACCGCCUGGCGGGCCCCGCCGUGGACGAGCUCUUGGCCUCUACGGUGUUCACGGACACGAACAGGUUGCGUUCCUGGGAGCAAGACCAGGAUGGGUCUUUGGAGGAGGGGGUUGUGAUUAACGCCCAAAAGAAUAACAGCGAGGCAGGGAUUGACAGCAUGCCUUCCAGCACCACGAGGAGGUUCACCUCCAGCCCCCGGCGCUGGUCUCGCAUCUCACCCUCAUCCAUGCCACCUCCCGAGGACCUGCGGCUGGUGCUGAUGCCCUGGGGCCCGUGGCACUGCCACUGCAAGUCGGGCACCAUGAGCAGGACCCGGGCCGGGAGGCUGCAGGGCCUUUCUGGGCGCCUUCGAGUUGGGGCACUGAGCCAGCUCCGCACAGAGCACCGGCCUUGCACCUACCAGCAAUGUCGCUGUGAUCGGCGUCUUGAGGAGUGCCCCCUGGACAUGGCCCUCUGGCAGGUCAGGGCUGGGCUGGAGGAUAUUUGGAACAGCCUCUCUUCAGUGUUCACCAAGAUGCAACCGGACUAG